GUGAGAAGACUGCGUAUUGCUAUUGCUCCCACAUACAGCCAUUGCAGUGUAUUGAGAUACAGCGACAGCCCUCGAUAUCUGUAAUAAAAUGGGUAAAGAUCCAGCGAAGCCAAGAGGCAAAAUGUCCUCAUAUGCCUACUUCGUGCAGACUUGCCGGGAGGAGCAUAAGAAGAAACACCCCGAGGCUUCGGUCAACUUCUCCGAGUUCUCCAAGAAGUGUUCUGAGCGAUGGAAGACCAUGUCUGCCAAAGAAAAGGGCAAAUUUGAAGAUUUGGCAAAACUGGACAAGGUUCGUUAUGAGAGGGAGAUGAAAAACUAUAUCCCACCCAAGGGUGAGAAGAAGAAGCGGUUUAAGGACCCCAAUGCUCCCAAAAGACCCCCAUCGGCGUUCUUCAUCUUCUGUGCUGACUUCCGCCCGAAGGUCAAAGGAGAAACACCUGGGCUGUCCAUUGGGGAUGUCGCCAAAAAACUGGGGGAGAUGUGGAAUGGCACUUCUGCUGAAGACAAACAGCCAUAUGAGAAAAAGGCUGCCAAGCUGAAGGAGAAGUAUGAAAAGGACAUCGCUGCAUACCGUGCAAAGGGCAAAAUUGAUUCUGGCCCCAAGAAGGCCGUUGCUAAGGUGGAGAAGGCCAAGAAGAAGAAGGAAGAGGAUGAUGAUGAUGACGACGAUGAAGAUGAUGAUGAGGAUGAUGAUGAGGAGGAGGAGGAGGAUGAGGAUGAUGAAUAAAUCAGUUACUCGUAGAGCUUAGAUUUCUUGUUAAUAAAGCAUUUAACCCCCCUGUACACACUUCACUUAAA